AUGUUUGUGUUUGGUGGCUUGCAUGUGAUUAGUGACACCGACUCAGGCCAGAUCAAAUAUCGCGUGACAAACGACCUUUGGAUGUACUUUCCAGACUUUAAGCGCUGGCGAAACAUCACGCAGGGCGGGCCAACCUGGCCCUAUCCGCGCUUCUACCACACAGCAAACAGCAUCAACGUGGGCGGGAAGCAGAACAUGGUCAUAUUUGGAGGCAUCGACAACUCCCACGUCUGGACUUACAACUACGAAAGCGAAGAGUUCAACCUGUUCUCGCCCGGCGCCAUCUCGCCCACGCCGCGCAUGCUGCACUCGUCCACGUCCUACAACGACACGCUGUACAUCUACGGCGGCUGUGCUGUGCCGACGGGAGAAGUCCCCGGCCUCGACCUCUGCGAAGAAGGGUCGCUCGGAGACGUGUGGCGUUGGACAGCGGGCAAUGGAUGGGAGGAGCUGCUGAUUGCACACCCGCGCAUCCACCGCUUCUCGGCCGCCAUGUUCUUCUACCGCGGCAGUCUGCACAUGCUCGGCGGCUUCCCGCACGUGUCUGCGUUUGACCACGACACUGAUGCGGACGUCAACCAUUACCGCCUGCCGCUCCCAACGGACUGGGCGCUUGCAGAUACACCGCCGCCCACCUGGCAGGCUGCCAUCACCCCAGAGACAGCGAGGCCGUUUGAGGAUGUGUUUGAUCCAGAUUUGGAUGCGUUGAGCGUCGAUCCAUUUCUUCUCUUCAACGACACCAUCCGCAGCCUCAGCUUCAACGUCCUCCCACCCAGGCUUGGCUUUGCCAGCAUUACGCAGGUGUCCGAUGACACAUUUCUUCUCAUUGCUGGCCGCUCGUCGGCGCUCACCGCCCCGUCAAACAAGGUGUUUCGCUUCAACGGCCAGAACAUGACGUGGGACGUUCUUGACGAGAACCGCUUCGACACCAAUAUCGCGCGGCGGUCGGGCCACUGCAGCGUGGCGACAACAGCGGGCUCUGUGCUGACGUUUGCAGGCGCGGCCCCGCUGUCCUUCUUCUCGGACGUGGCCUCCUUUGAGGCGGAAUCUCAGUCCUGGGCUGAGCCUCUCAUUAACACCCAUCCCCUGACGGGCAUUUUCCCCGCGGGCGUGACGUACAAGAACUACUACGUCCUCCAUGGCGGCCUCUCGUUCGCACGCUCAGAGGCUUCCUCGCACGUGUUUCUGCUUGACCUCAGCACGCGCCGGUGGGUGAACGUGUGGCUCCACAACCAGCCGCCCGUCCGCCGCUACGGCCACUCUGUCAACGUCGUUGGCAACAAUCUCUACUAUUUUGGUGGCGCCACCGCGCUCUCAAGCGAUCCCACGGCCAUCAGCAACGCCAUUUUCCGCAUCAACAUGGACGAGUUCAACAUUUACCACGACGGUCCCGGCAUCACAGAGCUCCGACCUCACCGGCGGACACGGCACUCGUCCGUGUACUUCAACGUGACGCAUUCGCUGUAUGUGUUUGGCGGCCGGUCCCACUUCAGCACAUACUGCGAUCUGUGGCGCUUUGACAUUGCAGGAAACUUUUGGCAGCCGCUCGGCAACUGCACCGACAACCAGGGGUGGCCGCCGGCGCGAUCGGCACACGUCGCCUUCAUUCUCGAUGACUUCAUGUACAUUUACGGCGGCACAGGCGACGUGAAUGUGUUGGCGGACACGUAUGCGGAUGUGUGGCGGUAUGAUCUCACCGCCCAGUCGUGGCAGCACGUGGCUGACGCAUCGCCAGCUGGGCCGCGCUUCUCUGCCUCGGUUACGCCGCUGCCGGGCGGUAAGAAGGUGAUCAUUGCACUCGGCAUCGACAACCUGAAGCGCGGGGUGAGCCGGCUGGACUUGUGGGACGUGCACCACGUCGACAACGCCACCAGCGGCGAUCUUGAUCUGGAGUGGACACGCUUGCACGUGCGGAAUCCCAUUGACAGAUACGCGCACGCAGCGGGCUUUCACAGGUUCUUCCGUGUGUUCUCUGGGCGUCGUGGUAUCUUGGAGGACCUUCAAGGCGGUGCCCUUGAGAUGGAGGAAACGGCGCUUCGUUUGGGCUGCAACGUGGGCUCCUUCUCUGAAGAUUUUCUGACCAUCCCUUGUCAACCGUGCCCCGUGGGCACUUUUGCAGACUUUCCAGGCCAGGAGUCGUGCUUUGCAUGUCCCGGCAAAUCAACGACCUUGGAGGAAGGCUCCGUGUCCGUCACCAACUGUUCCGUGUGCGAGCCCAACUCGUGCCGCGGCAAUGGCCGCUGUACAAUUGACCAAAACGGAUUUCGCCCAAGCUGCUUCUGUAACUUUGGUUACUCCGGCGCCGACUGCUCUGUGAACUGGCUGGCCAUUGUCUUGGGCACGGUGCUUGGCGGCGGCUCCAUUGUUGCCAUCGUCUUCCUCACCAUUCGCUACUUCCGCAGGACCAUUGUCCAAGCGAAGAACGACAGUGCACUGCACCAGAAACUGUUGGCCGAAAGCCAAAUCGAGCUGUCACUGCUAGAACGCGCGUGGGAAAUCGAUGUGGAAGACUUGACGCUGUAUGAGCAGAUUGGCGAGGGCGGGUACGGCGAAGUGUACCGCGCGCUGUGGAACGAGAGCGUGGUUGCGUUGAAGAAGUUGCGAACGGCGAUGGCCAUGCUCGAUUCGUUCUUCGUCGACGAAUUCCAGACUGAGGUGCGGCUGCAGCGCACUCUUCGCCACCGCAACGUCGUCCUCUUCUUUGGCGCCGGCGUCUUUCCCGACGGAAACCCGUUCCUGGUGACGGAGUACAUGCGGCGCGGAUCGUUGCAGCAGGUGCUGGCCAGCGCGUGGCCGGGUGGUGUUGACAGGAACGACGAUGCUGUGAUUGAGACAAUCAACCCGGACGAUCGCCUCUCGUGGGGGCUUCGACUCCAGUUUGCACGCGAUGCAGCACGGGGGAUGACGUUCUUGCACGAGCAGAUACCGCCACGCCUUCAUCGCGACAUCAAGGUGUGA